UCUUUGGGGCAUCUCUCGAAGCAUGUCGACGGCCCUGCUGAAGUGUCUGAGCUACGUCGACGGGGUUCAAAUUGUGAAUCAGCCCUACGCAUCUGCCUUCUGUGGUGGGCCCCAAGCCGUACGGCCAGAGCCCAAUCCAGAUGACAAACUUCUAACUAAAAUUGUUGCAGAAUGGGACAAAAUCAAACAAGAGAGCGAAACAGCAGAGGUGGAGGGGAUAAUGCCGUCUGUCAUGACAAUGGAGUGGAUCAGGGACAAUCUCUUACAAGCCUCUUAUCCCGACAAGAAGGUUCUGCUUUGCCGAGAUCAAGCUCAUUACCUGAAGGGCCGAUACGACAUGCUGCCUCAAGGCUUCAAGUAUAGCUUUCUUAUUCGGCAUCCCUACAAAGUAUUCCGUUCUUGGAAGAAGCUUCUCACCGAUAUUUGGGGUGAUUUUCCCGAUAUGCGCUCCUUGCCGUCGCUGGCGUUUCCUCCGGGAGUUGGCUUUAAAGAGCUCUUCGAAUUGGUACAGUACGUCAAGGAGAACUUUGACCCUCAUCCCACCAUCCUUGACGCCGACGAUCUGCUGCAAGAUCCGGCGGGGAUCCUGUCCACUUACUGCGCCAAGAUGGGCAUACCGUACUCCAGCAAGCUGUUAUCUUGGAAGUCAGGUCAUGAAAUCACCAGCACAUGGCUUAUGAGUAAAGUCGUCUCGGUGGCCAACAAAGGCCAAGGCUUUUACAAGCGUGCCUUCGAGAGCGAUCGGUUCGAGAAGCCUACCCCUGUACCGGACCUAGCUAGUCUCCCGGCAGAUGCGCGGGCCUGCGCUGAAAUGAGCAUGGAGUACUACGAAAGUCUGCAUCACGAGAGAAUCAUAGCAUCGGUGUAG